CUCACCUGCCUCGCCUAAUCCGCGUCCGUUUUAUAUCAACACAGUCGCACGUGUGACCGCCUGCGGGAGGUUUUGCCUCUUCCGAUGGCAUUGACGCCAGCGCCGACGAAGCAUCUCUACGCAUUUUCUCAAAUUCCAUCUUUGCCCCUCCCUCCCAUUCUUUUCCCACCCAAGUCCCGCCACCGUCAGACGCGCUGCUCUUCUUCGCCCUUUCCCUGCUGCCGUUUUCUCUCUCUCUCCAGCAGCAGCAUCUUCCCCCCCCUCCCUGCCACGUCAGCAUCCGGCGUUCGCCGGGAUCUGACGUCUCUGACGGCCUCGAUGCCGCCGGAGAGCGUUCUCUUCUAUGACAUCGGCGUCGCGGUCCUGGUAUCCGGCGUCGCUCUGCUGCUCCUCCGCUUCUGGGCAGAGAUAGCAAAGCGGCGCCUCUUGGAAGAGAAGCUGAACCGUAAGCUAGUGCACAUAAGUGUUGGGUUGGUGUUCAUGCUCUUCUGGCCCUUGUUCAGUUCGAGACGUGAAGCAGCAAUCUUGGCAGCUCUAGCUCCAGGGGUUAAUAUAAUUCGGAUGCUUCUUUUGGGCCUUGGAAUAUGGAAAAAUGAAGCUUUGGUGAAGUCCAUAAGCAGACAUGGAGGCUACAGGGAACUUCUCAAAGGGCCAUUGUACUAUGCUUGCACUAUAACUCUGGCUACUUCUGUCUUUUGGCGAACCUCCCCAAUUGCAAUUGCUGCAAUUUGCAACUUGUGUGCUGGAGAUGGUAUGGCUGACAUUAUAGGAAGGCGAUUUGGAAGUCAAAAGCUUCCUUACAACUGCAACAAAUCCAUUGCUGGCAGCAUCGCCAUGGGAUGCGCUGGUUUUAUAGCAUCUCUCUGGUAUAUGCAUUACUUCUCCUUGUUCGGGUUGAUCGAGGAAAGUUGGCGGCUGAUAGCAGGCUUUUUUGUGGUAUCUGCCAUGUCAGCGGUAGUGGAAUCACUACCUAUAAGCGCAGAGCUUGACGACAAUCUCACUGUUCCCUUGACGUCUUUGCUGGUUGGUAGCCUUGUUUUCUGAUGUCUUUAUAUCUGAUUUCUGGCCUUUUGUUGUUGUAUUACUAUUAUAUUUAUAUUACAUAUAACACGGGAAGCUUUUGGACAUUUUUGCCCUGACAAUUAGUCUUAAGAACUUUAGUUAUUAGAGGAUAAAACUACCGUUAAUGUAGCUACAUGGCAAGAGAUGGUUUAAAUUUUAUCAUACAAGGCGCUGUAAACAGCUUAUAUCUAA